GAUAUAAACUAAUUCGAAAAACUCUAAAUAUUACAACAUAGUAUUACCCAGCUAUUGUAAUAUAAAUGGAUAGAUACAACUCAAGGAGCAGUCCCGAUUACGUGGACGAAGAACCCCCUGCCUACAACGAUGGUGUCGAUUCUGAAUCCGUCCAACAGGUGCUAUCUGAGCAUAUGAUUGACGUUACAGAAAUCGAUGAAGCAGUGCCACAGAGCAUCUCUAGGGGAAGUUAUGAGAAACCUUCUGAAGAUAUGGUUCCAGUCGAUGAUCUCGAAUCUCGUGGCAGCGAGGACGUACAACCAAUGGGACAACCUGGUGACAUUGAAGCUGGAACAGGUGUAUGCCCGUUUGGUUUUGAUGAACAUGGACGUCGAUUUUCAGAGGAAGGACCCGUUGAGACUGAGGAAGGCCUAUUUGUAAAUCCUUUUGACACAAACAUGGACGAUUUAUCAUACAAAUUGCGAAUGUUUGCGUUAUUAGGUUUCCUACCUUUCUUCUGGAUUGGAUGGGUUAUUGGUGCUAUUUAUGGUGCUGUUUCGCGUAAAACCAAGCAAAUCCACAAAAAGCUUAGUAUCUUGUUAUUCGGCCUUUCUGUUGUUGGAGCAGCGGUAAUAAUCGUCACUACAUCUGCUAUCUAUUUGUCACUGAAGUCCGUUCCUGCUACUCCAAAACUUACCAAGGCUUAUGUUAGUGAAAACCCUCUUUUCCCCUUUUUGGACUACGAACCUGCCGUUGCUCCUGGUAUCCUUCCAGAGCCUGAUGCCGCUAAAUUUGAAGCCCCUGUGAGGGGUAAAAAUGAUUUCUUUGAUCAAUAUCAAUUGACAUCUGAAAAGAACCAGAAGACUAUACUCAUGGUCAUGAGGGAUAUGCCUAUUGGAUGGUAUAUUAACAGCGCAAUCAGGGAUACUGCCAAGGCAGGAUACAAUGUAUAUGCAGCAAACAUACAUACUGACUGGGAAGCAGAAGCAGACCCGGAUGGAACGGAGGAGUAUUACGGUCUCAAAAAGAUAAAGGUUAUGUUCGACAAGUUUAAGAUUCCAAUAAAAGGUUCCCUAUACUUAGCAAUGGUUUUAAAUAGAAAAGACGCUGAAUUAUUCAAGCCAUCUGUCAGUCCUACUCCUUUGUUUGAAGGAAUGGUUCUGAUAAAUAAUGAAGAACUCGACAAAUCUAAGAUUCCCGUAUUAACUGAAGGCUCCUUCGAUUUAUCAGCGUUGAUACCCAAGGUUGCCAGUCAUGCUGUAUAUAUCAAUACUGAAAUGACAUGCCCCGAUAAAAGAUUACCACCUCUGGAGGUUACUAUUGAUGGAACAAAGGACUAUAGUUACAAACGCGGCACCUUCGAUGAAUUGUCAGCGCUUUUCUUCACCAACUAUCCUGAAAGUAAGUGGACCAAACCUUACCCACGGAAGUUGGUACCAUUGGACACUAAGAUUGAGCAAGUGUUUGCAAAGGCUGUGAAAGACCUUAUAGCGUAUCGUUCGCUAGUGGACAGUCCAGACAGUAAACUACAGUUAUGCGCAAAAGCUAAAGCUUAAGAAAUUACAUAGUACGUGUGUUGUUUU